GUCUGGCUGGCUGCUGCAAGUGUUACCUCUCACGUCACCCACUCACGAACACACAUUGUGUAUCGUGUUCUGUCUCAUCCUCCCAGCUUUACAGGCAGCGCUGGAUACUCUCCCCUUGUGUUACAUCAAUUCUGCUGACAGUACUGGACUGAUGUGCACGGCCGCACGUAUUCAGGGCUGGUUUCACCUCACCUGAGCUGUUGCAGCAGUGCUAUUGUGCAGUUCUUGCUGCCUCCUGCCGCAUGGUGCAUAUCUUGAGCCUUCGUAUAAUAAUGCGCGAAAAGGAUAGUCACAAUUGGAUAUUCAAGAGUACGGAUAUUAUACUCUAUCAUGGUCGAUGAUGGGUGACAUAUAAAUGGAUUCAGGUACACUGGGUGCUCAGGGUAGACAAACAAGCAAUUCCACACACAUCCAGAAGGAUAGAAGCAGCUGCUGCCUGCUGGCGUAGACUCGAAGCUUCACAGACAUGCAUAGAGAUAACACAGGAUUCCCUUCGCAGUCGUUUGAAUUCUGAGAGAAGAGGACGUGGUGGUCAUGGCGGCAUGUUAAGAAUCAUCGUCGAAAGAAAAUUGAGAUCGGAGUGAGAAGGGCAAGGUGUACUCGAAACUGAUCGACAUUACCCACUGGUUCAGCUCAUUCCGAUCGAGACAAGGAGUUGCGAGCUCGCCAGCAGGCUUUAAUGACGCUUUGAGAUUAGUUUGUGCACAGCAUAUCAAGAAGAGAAAGAAGUCUUGAGUGGCUGGAAUCGUCGUCCAGGAAUUCGGAGCUAGGCAUUAGUACAGGAGGAGUAUCAAAUCCCACUAAGGCAAGGCAAGGCAAGGCAGUGGAGUCAGACGUGGAAUUAGAUUCAUCGGGGGCGUCUGAGGUUGACAGCGACUGACAGUGCCGGCACGAUCGAUCUCGAAAUGGGCGCCAAGAAGGAGCAGCAGGAGGUAGCGGGGGAAGGAAUUUCACCACGACGACAAGCAUCGGAAGAUGUGGAUGCUCAGGUGGAUGUGGAGUGGUCGGUGGAGAGCGUCGACCGGAGCGGAAAGCCAUCGCACUUCAAAGAGCUCCUGAAGAAAAGGAAGCAGCAGCAGCAGGAGCAGGAAGCCAUCGUCGGCGACGGCAGCAGCAGCGCCAACCCGAUCGCGGUGUACCAUCGAACGCUGUUCAGAUUCAAGCUCUCGUGCAGAUCCUCGGCGCCGGACAGCUCGUCGUCGUCGUCGUCGUCGCGGUCUCUGCGCCAGCUCUUCAAGAAGGAGAGGGACCUGGACUGCGAGCUUUGGUGGAAGAAAGCGAUGCGCUCGACGCUGCAGCUCUUCAAGCUCUUCUCGCCGCGCAGCGUGGCCUCGAGGAUGCAGCGCUGCUGCAAAUCGUCCGCGGACUGCUGCGCCGCGGGGCUCGACUACAAGGGCUUCUCGAGCUCUGGCGCCAAUGGCACGCAGCGCCGUGCGGGGUCGGACGAGGACGCGGCCGAGAAGCUGGCCAUUCAGAACUUCUUCGCCGCUCCGCUGGACUCCGUUCGCGCAGCCAGGCCCCUCGACUCCUCGCGCGAGCAGUGCGGCUGGAUUCAAGAAUACUCGCCCUCGCAUUUCUCGUGGGAGUCGACGCCAUUCUACUUCAGCCAUCAACUUCCUCCUCCUCCUCAACAACAACAACCGCAGCAGCAGCCUGCGCGAUCCACCGCAUCGACCGCCGUUCCGGAGUCGGUGUACUCUUCCAAUUUGAUGACACCAUUCGAGAUCAACCACUCGUUCCGCAGGCCCGUGGAGGAUUCUCGACCUCCUUCGCAGCUGAGUGCUUGAGAGUAUUCAUCGUUACUCGAUCUGUUCAUGUCUAUAGCUCUCCUUCCGCAUCGUCUCGGGUCCGCGGGGUCGCAGAUUGUGUUGUCUGAGAGGAAAGAUUUCGAUUACCAUCUCUUCUGAAUGCUGGAUUCGCCCAGCGGCGAGGACGAGAGCCGGACGAAUCGCUGCCGGCGCCAGCGAUGUGUGGAGUUCAAUGUGAUCGAAGAAGAGGAAGAUUUGAGUGGAUGGAUUCGAGUCUCCUUAGUAUAUACUAGGCUCGUCGUUAUCAUGUAAAGCGGAAAAUUCUGUCUUCGACAGAAGACAGACCGAGCUAAUCAGACCCUUCCUACUAUGUAAAUGUAAAUUAGUAUUUCGAUUGCUGCACAUGCUGCUCCUGAGAGAGAGAGAGACGAAGCAUGCAGCUUCACUACGGUCUGACGAAACUAAUAUUUGUCGAUAUUGAAGCAGCGUGGUUGGCUGUAUACUAAUACAUUAGUUAGUUGGCAAGGCAUUGGGGAUUCUGUGUACAUAUUUCUUCCUCGCACAUGAGGUUAAUUUUUCAGGAAACCAC